AGCACACCUGAUGCUCAUUUUAACUGGAAGGCGGGAGCUGAGAAGCGGUUUAAAAGACAAACGGAUACGACUGGUCCUUUGCUUGGAACUCCAUAACAAAGCAAGAGUGUUAGGGUCCAUGCCAUUUUACUAACACACGUUUUUAUUUUAACUCAGCAGGCCUUCUGUUAUUUGAACCGGUCUGUUUUCUGCCGGGACUGACCUCCGAAAUCACCCCAAGCCACUCUUCAUUUAUUUGCAGCCAUGUUCGAGACCAGUAGUGAUGACUUGUUCCUGCCUUCCUGCCAAGAUGAGGAGCUGGUGGACAACCUGUUGUCCAGUGAGGAGUUAGGUGGAGAUAGCAGUGGAGGAGGUCUCUCCCUGGCCAAGGCCCUGCUUCCCCUGGUAGAGUCCUCCUACCCUCCCUUCAUCCCCUGGGUCUGCUCCACUCGCUACAAGACUGAGCUCUGCACCAGCUACUCCACUACUGGUUUAUGCAAGUAUGCCGAGCGCUGCCAGUUCGCCCAUGGCCUCCACGAUCUCCAAGUUCCCUUCCGCCACCCAAAGUACAAGACAGAGUUGUGUCGCAGCUACCACACCACCGGCUACUGCAACUACGGCAGCCGCUGCCUGUUUGUCCACAACCCCACUGAGCAGCGCCCCACCCUACACCGCCGAAGGAACGUCCCCUGCCGCAAUUUCCGCUCCUUUGGCGUUUGUCCCUUUGGCACUCGUUGUAACUUCCUGCACACGGGGGGUGGAGAUGUCAGCAGUGGUCUGGAGUCUCCUGAUGUUGGUGAUAAGAGUCCAUCAGCUCUCAGCCCCCAACUCCAACCACAGACCAAGGAGUGGAAGCCUCGAGGAGCUCUGUGCCGUACCUUCAGCUCCUUCGGUUUCUGCCUGUAUGGCACACGCUGUCGCUUCCAGCACGGCCUCCCCAGCAAGAUCAAAACCUCUGACCAGAGUCAAGGAGGAUCCCUCUGCCCUCAGCUGUCUCUGGGCAGUUCAGGUUUACCUUCCCCUACUUCCUCCUUCACCUCUGCCUCAUCAAACUCUUCAACCUCCUCCUCUCCUCUGGCCACCCCACCUGCAGAGGCCAUGGCCAACAAUGCCUUCACCUUCUCCAGCCAGCACCUGAGUGACCUGCUGCUGCCACUGGCCCUCCACCUGCAGCAACUGGAGAGCAGCAAAGCCCAGGAGAUCUGGGACAACAGGGCGGUCUAACUGGAUGUGGUCAUCGUUACAACCAGCAUCAGCACUGAACACCACAGCUCAAUUAAACCUACAGUUUUGUUUUUUGUUUUUUUUUAAAUCCCUUAUUCCCAAGGGAAUUUUUUUUUUUUUUAAUUUUUUCAAAUUAUUUAUUUUUUUAUUUUUUAUUUUUUAAUUGCAGUUGUUUGACUUGAGGGACUAUCAGCAGGUCAAGCAGGCCUUGAACUGUUCAGUUGUAAAUCAGACAGUCUGGAAUAGUUCUGGACCCUCUGGUACAGGUUCAGCUAUGGGUGUAAUUAAUUUUUUAACUGUUGUACAUACUUUCUUAAUGAACUCAGUAAAUGAAAUGUCUGGUCUCGGCAUCAUGAAUAAACAAUUUUAAUCCCUAAC